ACCCUACCGAACGUGCUUCAUAUACUACUCCUUGGUACUGCGGAAUGACUGCGGACGAGAGAAAAUGCACGACGCAUUGCUUCAAAAACAAGAUAGAAUAAGAAUUCUAAGUGACCUCCGUCGGAUACUAGAGUAGGCACUCUUACCUUCAACCCAAGCAUGGACUUUGAUACAAUUGUUCUGGGUACAGGCCUCAGCGAGUCCAUUUUAGCGGCUGCUCUCUCUAAAGCAGGCUUUAAAGUCGGCCACUUCGAUGCCAAUCCAUACUAUGGCGGCGACGAUGCAUCUCUGACUGUAGAUGACCUGCGUGACUGGGCGGAAUCACGCAAGAAAAACACAAAUACUGUUUAUCUCGAAGCACAACGCCAGAGGUUCUCCUCUAUAUCACUCACUUCGUCGAACGUUCCUCGGUCACGAACUUUCUCCAUCUCACUAUCGCCCACAAUCAUACCUUCGGUUGGCCCUCUCGUGGACUCUCUGGUUGCUUCUGGUGUCUCUCGUUAUGGUGGCUUCAAACUACUGGAGAGCAUUGCCGUCUUCGAUCAACCUUCAAAGGUGAAGCCAGUACCGACAAGCAAGGAAGAUGUAUUCAAGAACAAGGAGCUAUCACUUGUGGACAAGCGUCGAUUGAUGCGUUUCUUGCUCUUUGCGGCUGGGGAAUUUGAGGGUUCGAACGAGCUUGCAGGACAAGAAACGCAAACUUUCCUGACAUUCUUGCGAGAGAAGUUCUCCCUCGCGAACAAGGUUGCUGAUGCUAUUGCGUAUGCUCUUGCUUUCUGCACGUCUCCCUCAGAUCUCACACUGCCCGCUUUGCAGCGAAUUCGCCGAUAUCUACGUUCCGCAGGGCGAUAUGGCCCAUCUCCUUUCUUAGUUGGUCACUAUGGUGGUAUCGGUGAAAUUGCGCAGGGUUUCUGUCGUGCAGCUGCCGUGAACGGGGCUACAUAUGUAUUAGGACGAAACAUCAUGUCCUUGAAUCCACCACCAAAGUCUUUAGGUUCCCAAGCAAAUUUGCGCUGGUCAUUAUCGUUAGAUGAUCUCGACGAGCACCCAAGCUCUAGAAUUGUUGCUGCACAACCUGCUUACAUCUCAUCGUCUUCACCUUCGUCCCCAGGCGGGCGUAGUGCACGAUGUGUGGCCAUCAUUAACACACCGAUACGGUUCUCAGAACCUCCCCCCGAGCUAAACGACGACGUGUCGGUGGAAGAUAUAGGGCCAGGAGAAAUCGAUACAGGCCUUCUCAUCUUCCCGCCGUCUUCAGUGGAUAGCGGGUCUUCCACCGCUGCUGCUUCAUGCUUGAUUACUGGAGAGGGUAGCAUGGCGACACCGUCAGGCCAUUGUAUGUAUAAAUGUUUUCCAACGCAUUAUUCGUACCUGGAUGCUGAGUUUGUGUACGCUAGGGAUUCUGAGUUUCUCAAUACCUAUGUCAGAGCAAGACGCUUCUCGAGAACCUGAGGAACUGCUUAAGCCUUACCUCGAAGCCGCUUUGACUCUGACAUCUUCACCUUCACCAGAUAGUCCUACGAAACCUCUUCUCACAUGUUAUUAUCUCCAAACACUUCCAAGUGCAAAUAUGGUCGUUCUUUCCGGCAGUCCCCAGCCCUUGUUCACUGUACCAUCUGACAUAGUUGUUAUGUCUGAAACUGCGGAUACCGCUGCUACUCACGCAGAAGAGGCAUUUUGGAAGAUUGUGAAGGAUCUGGAAAGGAAGGGCGUGAAGCCUACGAAGAUAAAGAGUGAGGGUGAGGGUGAGAGGAGUGAAGAGGGAGUUGGUGAAGAGCCUCAGUUGAUCACGCAGUUCUGGCCGCCUUUGGAUAGCGUCGGGGACGACGACGAUUAGAUUAAAUGGUCAAAUUUAUGAUUCAAGAGUGUAACCUAUCAUUUUCAUAUGUGAAAACUAGUAUGGCAAAGCAUGGCAUGGCGAAAGCAAGAAGUUCCGUUCAAAUCAUAAAUUAAAUGUGUAGUGUUCUACUACUCUACAACUCCUCUCUCGGCUUCUCUGGUUCAUCUGGCGGUAA